UUCGGAGGCCCACACUACCAGAUCUAUUCUCGACCGUUAGAUCACGUGGACGAGUCCACUCCCUUGGUUUCUUUUAACCAGUCCCUCUCAUCCCGUCACUCCUCAACGUGUUGUGAAGAUACUUGCUGUUUCAAGAAGACAGGCGAUAACACCGAAGAGCAAAAAAGAGAAAGAGUCGUUGGUAGAGAUCUUAAAUAAAGAACGAUCAGAUGGAGACGGAGAGGAAGAACAGCCAGGAGCUAGGUCUGAAACACCUGGCGUUCGUGAGAGUUGCGGCGAUCCAUGUUCUUGUUAGCCUCUCGAGCCUCUAUGACUACGCAAAACAAAACUCUGGUCCUCUUAAACCAGCGGUGGGGAAGGUGGAAGGAGCCGUCACCACCGUCGUCACCCCUGUCUACAAUAAACUCAAGGAUGUUCCAGAUACCCUCCUCCUCUUUCUAGAUCACAAGGUCGGUGAAGUUUCGUACAAGUUUGUUAAGCAUGCUCCUCCGGUUGCUAAGAAAGUAGUAAGUCGAGCAAAUGUGUUGAUCCAGAAGACUACAGAGAAGGCUCAACGCUUUGUGAGAGAGGCUCGUACUGGUGGUCCUAAAGCUGCUUUUAACUAUGCUGCAGCCGAGUACAAGUGUUUCCUUGUGACUAACUCGGUUAGAGUCUGGGCCAAACUCAACCGGUUUAAACCGAUUCAUGCAGUGGGGAACAAAGCUUUUCCCGUGGCUGCACACUUGUCUGGUAUUUACAACGAUCUGGUGACGGACAUGACUCAGAUGGGUUACCCUGUGGUUGGUUAUCUUCCGUUGGUUCCUGUUGAUGACAUUGUCAAGGCUUAUGAAAAGGAGGAAGGUGGAGCGCAAAAGAAAGGAGAUGCUGCUGAUGGAAACAAGUCGUCGUCUGAUUCGGACACUGAUUGAUAAUAUGCUUGUGUGAUGAUUGAAGACGUUUGGUUGGUUGGGUUUGGCUACUUAUGUAAAUGAUCUUAUUAGGCCCUCUCUUGUUUUUUUUAGCAAGUGCUUAAUUUCUUGGUGGUGUGACAAUGUGAUGCGUUUAUUUCUGUCUUUUUUCAACCAGGAGAAAUAUAAUAUUGAGCAACAUAAUUA